AUGCGAGCUGUUUCGGACGACGACGCUGUUAUUCUGAUCGUCUCACCAAAGUUCGCUACAGUACACGAUCACGUUUCCUUUCAAUGGAGUCUGAAAAUUCAUGGCACAACGGGAAGGGAGGAUGAUCCGCCGUCUGAUUACGUCGCCGUAGAGCUCUACUUUGUUGAUGGUCCAGUUAGUCAGGUGAGAAGUUACCAUCAGACCUUGCACAGAAAGUUACUGUUCAAUGGAAAUUCAAUAGCUCCAAAUGAUCACUGCCGGGGAUGUUUCCAGGACAACGUCGAUAAUGUGGUGAAAGUUUCGGUGCUAAUCAAAAUGGAUGCCAAAUUGUUCGAUCCCUACACGUACCUCGACAAGGUUUCUCCAACGCCUCACAAAUCCUUUCUUACAACCAACUACAAUGCCAGAGUCAACAGUAAAGUAUGGAGAAGGCGAUCUAGAAACUGCUGCGAAUCUUGUGAACGGCGGAGAGCCUCGUUUGCCUAUAGUAAGACGGAAGACGAAGCAGAAGACGGUGAGGUAAGAAAACUCGUAAGUUUCGAAUAUUCCUACAAAACUUUCAUCUUUCAGCUUCUUGCUAACAUGUACUUCAACAAGAUUGUCCUUCCUGGAAUGGAGUACGUCGAAGACUUUGUCGAUUUCCUCAUUGACGCCGAACUGAACGAUCUUCCGGUCCUCAAACGAGCAUGCGAACGUUAUUUGUGCGGCGAACUAAAUACCAAGAAGGACCUGCUCACUUCUCUGCUGCUCGAUCUUCUGUUUAUUUCAAUCGUUUUCCAAUUACCUGUCAUGAAAAGCAUGACAUUAUCCGAAUUGUCCAACAGAACUGAGGAAUUGUCUCAACCUGACAAGCUGAUGGAAGACGACGAAUACAAAGUGUUGGAUAAACGGGUCCGAUCGUUGUCCGACCGUAAUCUGGUGGAGUUGAUAGAACAAUGUGUCGCCUUUGCCGAACAACGGAACAGAGUGCAAGUGAUUACACUCAGUGCAUGA